AGACUGACUGGUACCAGAUUAUUGUGCUGUCCUCUUCUAUAUAAAACAUGGAGCACCGUUUUCUGAUGAGACUGUGGUGAGACCAGUGCAGCCCUGUCACGCCCACAGCGCCCCCUUUCGGCCCGGACGGCCCACCACGCCCCGGCGCCUAUGAAAGGGUACCAUGUCAGCCGCAGCAUGUCUCAGCAUUCCUCUGGUGGUGGCGGAGGAGGCCCAUGCCACUGUGCGCCGGAUGACUGCGAUGGCCCAGGCAGAGAUUACUACCCAGGUCGCAGCGAUGGGCACUAUUACUCGGGUGGUCCAACUGAGGCAUUGGCACUGGAGAGGCAUCACUCCCACUCUCACUCACAUGCACAUUCACACUCCCAUAGCCAUUCUGGCACCUUCCCUCGCUCACACCCCAGCCAGCAUCCUCCACUCCAGUCGUUUGACUCUUGUGAGGAAUGCAUGUCUUCAGGCCAUGGAGGGAAGAUGCAUCGCAUUCCUCCGAACUUAAUAGACCAGUUUGAGAAGCAGGGUCCCUUCCAUCCAGAUGGCUUCCAUACCCUACAGUACCAGCGCUCUGCAAGUGGAGGCGCUGAGCAUCGUAGCGAGAGCCCAUCGCGUAUCCGCCACUUGGUCAACUCAGUGCAACGCCUCUUUGCCAAGUCCCAUUCCCUUGAAGCACCUACCAAACGGGAGUACAAUGGCAUGAGGGGAAGUGCAGAGUAUCGAGGUGACAGAGGAGGGGGGCACAGAAGUGCAGGGGAGGAUCUCCACAACUCAGGCCACCAGUCUCGCUCAACCAGAAGAAGCAAGUCUCGGGAGCGGAGCAAAAGUGGAGACUCUCGGCACGAAUCGGGACGGCGCCACCGCAGCAGAACAGCUGGAUGGUGGAGCUCUGAUGAUAACCUGGAUAGUGAUAGCAGUUUCUUGGUCAGUGGGGGAAGACGGGGGUAUCCCACUGGACAUGAGAGUCUUGAUGCUGCCAUUCAAGAGCUAACCAUGAAGAAACCAAAGGACCGUGGCGGGGGACCGGGGUCUGGAGAGUGCAUGGCAUGUACCACGAUAGCCCUGGCAGGUGGCGAGGGUGGUGGUCACCAUGGGCACCACGGUCACUCCCUGAAGCGAAGCACCUGGUCAGCCAUGACAGUGAGUCAAGCCAGAGAGGUUUAUCCAACCACCAGAGGAGGAGGUUAUGAUAAAGCCUUGGUGCCCAUAGAGAACAAGCUGAAGGAACGAUCGUUCCACUAUUUGCAGGUCCCUUCAGAAGACUGGGGAGGCGGGUAUGGUGGAUCAGCAGACAGCGGAGGGGAGAUUCCAUGCCGCCGAAUGCGCAGCGGCAGCUACAUCAAGGCCAUGGGUGAUGAUGACAGCGCAGAUUCAGAGACGAGCCCUAAAGCCUCACCCAAAUCCACCAUGAUCGCCCAGAGGGAUGCCUUCAGACGGUCUAUAAGCAUGGAUCCAAGGUACUCCUGUAAGCAGUGCACGGAUUCCAUCCCGAACAGCAGAGCACCACCCAAAAGCCACACUCGCUCUCGUAGUUACACACGUUCUCUUACCAGCUCACAGCUGGGAGAAACAUUGAACCAUCAGUUCGAGACGGUCUGUGAAACCAUGUUUGGGGAGGUGGAGUCCCAGGCUGUCGAAGCUCUCGAUCUUCCCGGCGUGUUCCGCACUCGCAGUCACAGCUACGUGCGCGCCAUCCAGGCCGGCUGCUCCCAGGACGACGACUGCCUUUCAGUCUUUUCCAUGUCCGGCCCCCAGGGGAGCAUCAAGGGUGGGGCCGUCUGUCCCUUCUUCUUUCCUUAUCGUAAAGGUGCUCCUCCCCCACUACCACCUCGCAUGUCAAAGUCUUCUCUUUCGGUGCGAGCUCAAAGCAGUACCGAGUCCACCCAGGACGCCUACUUCCAGAGCGGCGGACAAAUGACUCAAGGCCCAGGGCGUCCCAAGCAGCACAGCAACUCUGUAGACCUCGGUGGCCCCGACGGGCCCUCUGGGCGAACCUCUAGGGGGAGCUAUUACACAUCAAGUGGCCCAGGACGUUCCCGUCAGCACAGUAACUCUGCUGAGAGCCUGGAUGGGGUCAGGGGUUCCAGGGAGCUGGUGCCCUAUGGAGGGGGUCCGGGAGUGAGGGCCAAACAUAGCUGCUCAGCAGACAGCCUGCUGGAGGGGCCACCGAGGCCAGCAAGAGAAAGGGACAGCAGGGUUGGGGGCAGCCUGGGGAAGUCGUCCUCCCUACCUCAGAACAACAUGAUACUGAGCAAAGUCGGAGGGCAGGAUGACGGACGUGGGGGCAGGAAGUGGAGGCCGUCCAUCGCUGUGCAGGUGGACAGCUCAGAGACUCUGUCAGAUUCAGACACAGAGGGAAAGACUCUCACUGAGGUUCACUCUAUAGGAGUCCAAGUGGAAGAUGAGAAAAGGCGGGCACGAUUCAAACGCUCCAACAGCGUGACAGCGAGCGUCCAGGCCGACCUGGACCCAGAGGGCUUCCCAGGGCUUAGCAUUGCUGUGCCAACGCAGGACAAGAGUCUUCAGUUUGGCUGCUCCUUCCAGAGGCAUUCAUCAGAGCCCGAGUCUGCAUCGCAGUACACAGAGUGCCACCGCACAGUCCACACACAGGGCCAAUGGGCUUACAGAGAGGACCUUAUUCAGGGUAACUACGCCGCUGAAGUAGACACAAGGUCCCACCAGCACCCGCACUUGCCUCCCCGCUCCCACUCCCCUCUGCCGAUUACCUCAGAGCGAGCCUGGACGGCGACACCGUCCUUGGAGGGCCCGCGCAGCCUCCCAGACUCAGGUCGGGCCUCGCCCUGUAUGAGGGACGGCGAGUUCUUCCUACGCCUCCUACAGACGGAGGUGGAAAGGAUGGAAGGCUGGUGCCAGAACAUGGAGCGGGAGGCUGAAGAGAAUGAACUUCCAGAAGAGGCUCUUGAGCUGAUUCGAAAUGCGGUUGGCAGCGCCCAGAUGCUCAUGUCUCAAAAGGUCCAGCAGUUCUUCCGCCUCUGUCAACAAAGUAUUGACCCAUCUGCCUACCCCCAGCCCACGUCGCAGGACCUGGCAUCCUUCUGGGACCUGCUGCAGCUCAACAUAGAAGACGUAAGGGUUAGGUUUCAGGACCUCCAGAAGCUCAAGGACUCUGGGUGGAGGCUCCCACCUGAAAAGAAGGAGGAUAAGAAACUUCCUCCACCCUUACCAAAGAAGCCUGCAGGAGGGGUAAGCGGCAGCCUGCGGGCCGAUAGCGUGGGAGACGGGGUUUCCGGGAGUGCAGGAGGUGGCUCUGGGGGGCUGGUGGUGCCACGCCUCGGAGGCCACACCCUUCCCAUCAGGGAGAAAUCCCUGGACCUCGGAGACCGCCAGAGGACAGAGGCACGAAGGAGGCUGCUGCAGACCAAGCGUACCGCCUCCUUCAGGCAGAACUCGGCCACCGAAAGCGCCGACAGUAUCGAGAUCUACAUCCCCGAAGCCCAGACUCGGCUCUGAACCCGCAACGCCCUCAUCCCCGUAAUGCUUUGGAUCUUCUGCGAGUCAUUGCUGUUUAUACGCUACAACACAGCCACUCUUCACCCUCGGCACUUCCCAUCGAGUCCUGCUUUCUUAUACAAUUACUAAACAAGCAAUGACAGCCAUUUUAGUGUCUUGAAAUUGAAACCACUUUACCGAGACAGAGGCCUACACCUUAAAUGGUAUCUAGCCGAAGACGUUUUUACUUCCUUCUUAGUCAGAGUUUCUUUUUUUUUUUAUAUAUAUAUAUUCACUCUGGUCGAAACGAGUCGGUUCACUUUUCUAAAAGUAUCGAGCAGAGGAUCACGCAGUAGCAUGCCUGUGCGUGUUCACCUAGCACAAAAAGGGCUUAACAGGCAGUAGACCUCUGAAGAAAUUCUCCCCAUGAUGCCAUUCUGCAGCAAAACCAACUCUACUUGUGGGCUUUCAUUGAUAUCAGUGCACCUAAGUCAAGAUCUAUUGAUUUCUGAGCAUUCUCAGUUUGCCCCAAAGAGCCUCUCUCAAGAAAUGAUAUCAAACACUGAAUCCUUAAUCCCUCUUUCCAUCUGUCAGCACAAGCACAAAGUAUAACAUGGAACUAUUUUGCAUCUUUUACUGUCAAUAGUUUUAACCCACCUAUCUAUCGACUAACCUCAGCAUCCAGCAGCGAGGCUCUCCGAAUGUGCAAUAGCUGUGUGUGUGUUUUUGCCAAAAGGAGCUUUAACAGUGUAGCAUCACAGACAAAACAAGAAAAAAAUAAAUAAAAGCUCCCUGUGUGGUCUGUGAAGUUUCAAGGACUGAGAAGAAGAGGGUUUCGAAGAGAUUUAGGGGGAAUUAUUUCAGUGGCUUUUCUGGACUUACUUGAAGAAGCCCCAUGUUUUUCACUGUGAGCGUAGAGCGCCGCCAAGUGGUCAGAUGAGAACCGGGUUUUUAACAGCAGUGGUUCUUUGUUGGAUUGAUCUCAUUCAGGAACAAAAGCCCAACACCCCGACGAAAAACAGCCAUGCAAGAGACUGCUAUUUGCCCCUCUGAGACCCUGUCUUUUAAACAUUUCUGGGACACUUUUAAAUGAUUUGAAAUCAUUUAGAUUUAUAAAUAAAUCAAAUUUAUCAUGAUUUAUUUAUAAUGAUGAGUUUAUAAAAUCUGCCUGAAUAUUCAGCGGGGUUUUUAAUCACCUAACUUUAUUUUUUGCUUCCCUCACAGCAUGAUAAAAGAAGGAAUGAUUUCGUUUUGACGGAUGAAAAUGAUCCUUCCAAAGAAUCACCAAAUCCAAUCAGAUUUGAUUAAUUUAUUUAAAAGAAAAUAGUGUGAUAUUUUAUAUUUAUGCUGGGAGUAAAAAAUAUAUAAUACAUGCAAAGCUACUACGCCUUGCGGGUAUAUUUCUAUCUGUUGAACUUCUUUACCUUUUUGUUUCACAUUACAGCCACAAACUUUGGUGUAUUCAAAUAAUUUUUUAUGAGACAUUAUCUUCCUUUGGUUUCGGGCAGAAUCUGCCACUUUUAAAAUCCAAGGAACCAUUUUGCCUUGAGUACAGCGAAGUAAAACGUGUUUAGAGCCACAAAUAUUACAUGAGCUGCUUUUUAAACAUAACUUAUUCUUCUUGUUAAAUAUUUGCUGUAGAAAAUCGGUUCUCUACAGAUUUUUUGUAGUUUUAGGUUUAAAAAUAAGGGGAAACUUAAAGCGUUUCAUAAAAAGGAAGCAUGGAUUUUCUUCUGUAUGUUAUUUGAUGUAAAAGAAAAAGACAAAAAAAGUCAUUUGAAAGCUAAUGACAAGAAAAAUAGACCGAAAAACAUAUUUCUGGUCAUUUUUUCUAUUUUUAUUUAAAAACC